AUGACUAGAUACGUUGGGUGCAUCGAUAUCCACGCCGGAAAAGUCAAACAGAUUGUGGGCGGAACGCUCGAGAAAGACGAUAAGGAAAACGAGGACCUGGUGUCAACGAAUUUCGUCAGCACGCAUUCGUCCUCAUAUUAUGCCCAAAUAUACAAGAAACACAACGUUGUACGCACGCAUGUGAUUAAGCUCGGCUCUCUGGAGAGCAACGAUAGAGCUGCUUUGGAGGCUCUUCAGGCUUGGCCGAAUGCAUUACAAAUUGGUGGAGGAAUCAACAUCUCGAAUGCUAAAUAUUGGAUUGAUAGCGGAGCGGCCAAGGUGAUAGUCACCUCAUGGCUGUUCCCUGAGCAAGAGUUGGACUGGAAUCGACUGAAAAGGUUGAGCGCGCUUAUUGGACCUGAGAGGCUUGUUAUUGACUUGAGCUGCCGCAAAGUGGAGCACCAAGGGGAAACAUCGUGGGUGGUAGCUAUGAAUAAAUGGCAGACCCUAACCAAGACCGUGCUGAGCAAGAGAUUGUUUGAAGAUCUGAGCCAGUACUGUUCAGAAUUUUUGGUGCACGCAGCUGAUGUGGAAGGGCUCUGUAAUGGAAUAGAUCAGCAGUUGGUGCAGAAUCUUGGUGAAUGGUCGCCUGUUCCCGUUGUUUAUGCUGGUGGAGCAAGGUCCAUUACAGACCUGGCCCUGGUGGACAGGCUGAGUGGUGGAAAGGUGGACUUGACAUAUGGCAGCUCUCUUGACCUCUUUGGAGGCAAUUUGGUGAAAUUUGAGGAGUGUUGUGCUUGGAACGAGAAGCUGGAUAAUUAGGUAUCAUUUGUACGGUUUUAAAGUUGCUGUAACGUUACCAAUGCUAGUCACUAGACGAACGCCAACCAAUCUGCCAGCCUCAUAUGCUUUAUGGAUCCAAGGACGGAGCAACAUGAGACCAAAAGCGACAGCAAAGCCUUGGACAAAAGGCAUCAGCACUUGGUCUUUGAGGAUCGCAUAGAGGACGAGAGACGGAGUAAUAAUGGGAAGCGGGUCAGCAUCUGUGGCGUGUGCGCCCUUCCUUUGCUUGGCAUAACUGAGGAGGUUCCUUCUGAAGACCUGCUCGAAGCGCAAGUCUGGGAUGUUUAU